CCACCGAGGCAGUGAUGAAUUUGCAGCCAACUUGGGUGCCAAAUACGGCUCGCAGUGCCGCCCGGGGCGAAGGCAUCGGCGCGUGCGCAGCUAGCACCACAUUGGCCCUGGCCGCUAUAUUUAAGACCCGACACCCUAAAACAGCCCAGACCCGGUCGGAGCACGCCGGGAGGUGCCUCCUAGGAGAGGCGGCUGGUCUUGGAGAAACAGAAACUGCGUACUGUGUGGAAGAGGCAGCCUCUGGAGCGGAAGUUGCGUGGGUGUGGGGACCGGGCGGUGGACUCCGCCAGCUGGGCUCUCAGACCUGCACGGUGUCAGUCACCACCGGCAGAAGCCCAAGUCUCCAGGAGCACGUGACGACUCGUGGAACACAGGCGCAUGCGUGCUAGACAAGGCUCCAAGAGAAUGCUCCGCCCCCUCCAGUUAUGGAGCAGGCGCAGGGGAAUGCUGGGCGGUUGCGUCAUUAGCUGCACGCCAGACAACCCCACCGGAGACGUCGCACUCUGAUGGCGUCGUCAUGGAAGCUAGGACUGGUGUUUCCAAACAGGAUAUCCGUGAACAUAUUUGGGACUACAUGGAAUCUAAGAAUUUAGCUGACUUCCCCCGACCUGUACAUCACCGGAUCCCCAACUUCAAGGGUGCUCCUCGUGCUGCUGAGCAUUUCCCACACUUGCAGGCGUUUCAAAUGGCCAGAACCAUUAAAGUCAACCCCGAUGCACCCCAGAAAAAUGCCCGUUUCUUCGUGCUUGAAAGCAAAAAAACACUGUUGGUUCCUACACCACGACUGAGGACAGGGUUAUUUAACAAGAUCAUACCACCCCUUGGAGCCACUAAAGACAUCUUAAGAAAAUGUGCCACCUCUCAGGGUGUGAAGAACUAUAGCACCCCUGUGGGCUUGGAUUCCAGGGUCCUUGUGGACCUAGUUGUGGUGGGGUCCGUAGCUGUUUCUGAAAAAGGCUGGAGAAUUGGAAAGGGGGAAGGUUAUGCUGAUCUGGAAUAUGCCAUGAUGGUGUCAAUGGGAGCAGUGAACCAGGGGACACCAGUGGUCACCAUCGUCCACGACUGCCAGGUUGUAGACAUACCUGAAGUGCUCCUUGAGGAUCAUGACCUCACAGUGGAUUAUAUUCUUACUCCAACAAGAGUCAUUGUUACAGGAUGUGAGCGCCCGAAGCCAAUGGGAAUCAUGUGGUCUAAGAUUAGCUGGGAGAUGUUGGAGAAGAUCCCAGUACUCAGAAACCUCCGCUCCCAAGAGAAGCAAGCUGGGAAAGAUGUCACCCUUCAAGAUGAGCACUGGCGUCCUCCAGAGAGCCGCAGCCAGCAGCAAGUUCUCUUGAGUCCGGUCAGGAGAUCCCUGGAUGUAGUGCGGCUGGAAAAGGGCCCUAUACAAGACAAGGAUGUGCCCGCUAACUCCGAGGCUCCACUGGGCACCUCUGUGUAUGUGGGGAAUCUGCCCCGAGAGACACGUGUGAGUGAGCUGAAGAGAGCCCUCAGGGAGCUUGGUGCCACACCAACCCGGCUCACCUGGCAGGGCCCACAGGGCAGGGCUUUCCUGCACUAUCCAGACCCUGCCUUGGCCCAGCAGGCCAUCGCCUGUCUGCAGGGAUUACACCUGGGUGGCAAUACUGUGAGGGUGGCACUGGCCAGGCAGCAGAGGUAGUCAAGGGCUGAUGACCGGGUGAGCAGAAAUGAAUCAGUUUCCAGAAUUUGUGAUCUACGAGAGCAUCUGUUGGGGAAACCAGCUCUUCCUCAGCCACCUGAAGUCCCAUGUCAAGCUUGGCAUGAUGCCAGCCUUCCUUGGAUUGUUCAUGACAGGUUCUAUGAACCCUCAUAUAAGGAAGGUUCCUAAAUUUCUGUCACUGCAGCUAAAAUAACCCAAAUAUAUUGAUACAUGGAUUAUCUGUAGAUAAUUUAUAUUUCUUGAAAAAUGGUGGUCCAGGAGGUGGUACAGUGGAUACAUUGGAUACAUUGGACUCUAAAGUACAUGGUCCCAAAUUCAAUCCCUGGCAGCACAGAUACCACAGCGAUGUCUGGUUCUUCCUCUCUCCCCUCCUAUCUUUCUCAUGAAUAAAUAAAUAAAAUCUUUUUUAAAAAGAAAGAAAGAAAAAUGAACUAGUAUUGAGAAAGCUAAAGACCAAGUGGCUGAAACACAUGCUCCCUACAAGUAAGACCCUGUUUGCCUCUCAUUCCUCAUCCUGUGCUGGCCAGUUUUUCUUUGGCUUCCCACAAGAGUCAUGCUACCAGCAAGUGGUCAGUACCCAGUGUUUGGGUCCUGAGGCUUUUGAGCACAAGUUUACAUCAUCAUUGUACAAUUCACAUACUGACAAGAAGGGACAAUAGUGGAAACUGGCUGCUUGACAAGGUGCUGAGAAUACAUGGGUCCCCUUUCAGUGGAGCCAUGGAGGUCGAUGAAUCUGUUACGGGUGUUUCCAAAGUGAUGGUAUGACUUGACCAGUAGAUAGGGAGGAGACUGGUGCUGAAUUUGCAGCUCUAUACUUUCAAGAAAGUUACCUUAAUUCCAUAACAGUGAGUCCUGGGGACCCAGGAUGACAACAUUUCACUGUCUUCCCUGCUCAUAGUGUUUUGUGGACAAGUCAUACAGCCUGACCAGAUUUUAGCUUCCUCACUUUUAGAACAGAAGAGCUGUGCUCAUUGGUUCCUAAGGUCUUAACAGUUCUGAUAGUGUUUUUCUUGAAACUCACUCCUCAUUUUCCUUUAUAUGUAUUUUUUUCUGUCUAUGAAAGAGAGUUUACAUUAUUCUGGGUUUUUUGGACUAUCAGAGGCAUAAAGGGACAUCAUUCAUCACCUUGCUUUUCAGCAGUCUCGAUACUGCUCCUUAUUUACUUCCACUCUUUCCUAGUUUUAAACUAGCUGGGAUCAACAGCAUGUGCUUGAGAAGCAAACAACUAUGGCCAGGAUUAUCACUUCUGCCACUAAUUGCUGAGGUGUGAGUGGCAGUUAUGUAAUCACUGGACUGUUCCUCUAUAAAUAAAUUCUAGCAAUGUCUGCUCUGUUCUUUUAAGAAAUUCGAGAUAAUUGUUAACAUGUUUCUUUAGAAAAAGUCAUGCCAGUUUUUUGCCCUUCUCUGUUCUGAUCUCAAAAUUCACAGGAAAUCAUGAACUCAAUAAGUCAAAGCCUUAGAAGUUAAAGACAAUGUUCUCAAAAGAGAGCCGACUUGGGG